AUGGACCUCCUCGAAUGCUACAUUCCCAUCUACGACGUCAAUCGCUCUCUCCGCUUCACGACGGGGCUGAACGACAACGAGUGGACUUCGUAUGGGGGACCGCCACCCGCCGACAUCGAGCAGAUCGAUCUGGCUAGUCGCUUCUCCCUCACCACGGACGAGAUCGCUCUGCUCAUCGCCGCCUGGAACAAUGGCGAACGCCCCUGGGCCGGCUUCUCCCCCACUACGGCACUCUGCGUAGGUGAGGACCCGGUGGGCUGGCUCCUCCCCGGCGUGCCCGAUGGUGCGAUCGUUCCCGCGGACGGCCACUUCAUUGUCAAUCAGAACUGGAAGACGCAGGCUAAUUUGGUCGCCCCUCGCAUUGCCGCCUCGUGCUUCCAAAUCGUCGGAGUACUCCCCUCCAUCUUCGAACGCCACGUCCACGGGCGAGUUAUACCCUGCCACCCUUCGACCUACACCGAAGAAUCCCUCGAGAACGUGGACUUCGACUCGGAGGCGAAUGGUCGCAAGUACCUCGCCGCGUUAGCUAACGAGGUCAUCGUGAACAUGGGCUUCCUGCGCUGGUUUAUGACCUGUGUGCCCGAGUGGGAGAAGCUGGUACCCGAGGAGGUGGCAUCCUUCAUCAAGAGACUUCGCCUCCGCGAUCGCGAAUGCCGCGGAUACUUUUGCGACCCGGUCCUGGACUGGCCUUCCAUGGACCUUCCUUGGCUGUGCGCGAACAAGGUGCCUAUCCAUUACGUUUGGACGGAGGAGGCGGAGCGGCAGCAACGCUUCAUCCAGCUCAACCCCGCGUAUCUUAAGCAUCAUCGGCGCGUCUCUCGUCGCCUCGACCGACAACCGACCUGGGACGAGUUCAUGCAGGACCACGACGACUGGCAGUUCGUCUGCCUCACCAACCGAUACCUCGACGAGCAGGGCGCCCCCUUGACGACUGUGGCCUCCAAGAACGUCGAGGAUAGGCCGUACUACAUGCGGGCGCACGAACUCUGGUACCCGCACCGCGUGGAGAACUUAGGGAUCGUACGUCGAGCCCUGGACCGCGACUGUGACGCGGGCGUGCCGCAGUACUACGAGCAAGAGGAAGGCCCUCCUCCUGUCUGGAUCAACGGCUGGACCGGGUCGACCAUCUUCCAAGAUGUGCGCCUCAAGGAUCGCAUUGACUUCUACGGCCUCCCUCCCAUCCUGCGAGGAUGCGGGGAAGUCAACUGCCGGGAGCUCAAGAAGAUCUCGUGCGCGCCGACCCCAGAAGAGAUGCGCCUCGCGGGAGAACGUGAGCGACUGGAAGCGCGUCUGCCUAAUCUCAUCCAAGCUUCGGAGCGCCCUCAGGCCCGGGACUCUCAGGAAGCGCACGCUUCUCAUCGCGCGCACGAGCGCCUUUCCGAGGGACUCAAGGAAAAGACCCUUCCAGCCAGCUCGCGCUCGAAGCUGCCUCUAGCUCAACGCCUCUCCUCGCCUGUGCCCGCUCCUAUGCCGGUGGGAGGACCCCUCGCAGCGCGUUUGGGGCCGCCGGCGGGCGCGUCUCCCUCGCGCACGCCUUCAGUUGCGCCCCCCGCGGAGCCUCUCGCCUCGCGCAUGGGACAGCGGGUGGAGACGGCGCCCGAAGACGCUAUGGACUGGGAGGCGGACCCCGCCGGAGCCUGGACGCCUGGGGGUUGGUUGGCCUCGCUGGACCCUCCGUCGGACCCGGGGGACCGCCUUCGCGCCCCGCUUCCCCGACAGGGAGAGUCCCCGCGUCGCGCUCCGCGUUCCCGCGCUCGCUCGCCCUCGAGGGACCCGGGACCUUCCUCGCGCCGUCGCAGUGCUUCUCCUCCUCCUCGGGUGAGGACUUCCUUCCCUAUCGGUGCUCCGUCCUCUUCCUCCUCCGCGCGAACCGGCAGCCUCCUCGCCGCGCUCAGGCCGAUCGAGCCUGACGGGGAGGGGAUUGUAACUGUCCCCAACCCGGCGAGCCGAAGCACGAAGGUGACGCGGUUCAACUCGUCGGACUGGAAGCUGAAUCUACGCCAACUCGAGCUUGAGCUCGCUGCUCUACGAGGAAAAUCUUCGCCCGUCGAAUGCGUGCCUGAUGUGCGCAAGCAAAUCGAGUCCAUCCGCUGGGCACAGCCGGUCCUACGCCACGCCUACAUUGGCGUCGACCAUCCGGAGGACGAGGUGCGCCUUUGGGCAUGGGGGGCCGACGAGAAGGCGCACUCUCGCAUAACGAGCCUGCUGAACCGAGUCUUGGCGACGGCACGGCCGAUGCGCAUCUGCUUCCCAGUCUCGAUGUUCCCUCGGGAAGCUCCCCCGGACGCGCUCAAGACAACGCAUGGUCACAACGUUCCUCAACUCACGCUGGUCGACGAGAAGUACGAUGUACUCGCGAAGGACUACCUGCACGGGCUCAAGAUGCUGGCCACCAAGCCCCAUGCGGGCUGCUUCAUAUUCCUCGGAGGAGCCGCCAACUUCGUCGUCCGCAGACUCAUGUGGGACGACGUAGUCGAUCGUAUCGGUCAGGGUCCCUGCGAGGAGACCACCCAGCUGCAGAAGGGCAAGCGAGCGUACCCGGGCGACGGCGUUACCACCUACUACGACUACGCCUCGAAGGCCGAGCGCGACUUCAUCCUCGGGAGGGCUUACUGCCCCGCCAAGGGCGAUCACAACGCGAGUACGCGCUCCUACUUCCCGCCUCAUCGCGUCUGGUUCGGCGAGGAUCGAGACUGGUACGGCGAGUGGACGGAGUUCGACGAGGAGAUGUGCCUCUCCAUUCUCAUCUCUAUCAAGAACGGGACGGCGGAACCGAAGACGGACAGCGACUGGAUCAAGUACUUCUCGCACGACCGCGUCCGCGUCGUGCGGCACAAGAAGCUCUAUCACCUCUAUCGCAACAAGCUGUCUAUCCGCAGCGCUCUCGCCUGGGCCCAGUACCUGCGGGAGAUCCACGGUCUGGAGACGGGCGCCUGCCGCCGCGUUGGAACCUUGCUCGACACGCUCGAGCCACGCUUCUUGCUCAAGGAGUAG